AAUUUUAAAGUAAUCCAGUACACAGUGGCAAUUUGGUGUUUCCGCGUAAGCCGAUUGCCGAGGGAAAGAAAUUGCAUUUGAAAAUGGCACUUUCUUCAAAUCCAGAAGCAAGCGGCGUUUGCAAUAUCAGUCGCUUCAUGUGAAUCAUGAAGAAGAAGAUCGACUCCAUCUCUCUCUUCCACUCUCAUCUUCUCCUCCUUCCCUUCUUUCUCGCCGCAUUAUCCCUCACUCCCUCGCACCAUCUUUCCAUCACCGCCAAUGCAGCUCCCACUCACACCCAAGCCGUCUUCAUCCCGCAGCGUCAACUUCUCUACUACAGAGACCAGUUCGGUGACAGAGGAGAGCUCGUGACCCUCGACCCUUCUCUGGUCUUCGAGAAUGAUCGCAUCAGGAGUGCUUACAUUGCUUUACAAGCUUGGAAGCAAGCCAUUCACUCUGAUCCCCGAAAUUUCACUGCCAAUUGGGUUGGAUCCAAUGUCUGCAACUACACUGCUGUUUACUGUGCUCGCGCGCCGGACAAUCCCAGGAUCCGUACAGUUGCCGGCAUUGAUCUCAACCAUGGCGACAUUGCAGGCUACUUGCCUCGAGAGCUCGGGCUUCUGGCUGAUCUUUCUCUGUUCCACAUUAACUCGAACAGGUUCUGUGGUACUAUUCCCCACGAGUUCCGCAAGUUGAAACUGCUCUUUGAACUGGAUCUUAGUAACAACAGGUUCGCCGGCAAGUUCCCGGAGGUGGUUUUGAGUCUUCCCUCCCUCAAGUUCUUGGAUCUCAGAUAUAAUGAAUUUGAAGGGACUGUACCCAAAGAACUAUUCGACAAGGAUCUGGAUGCCAUCUUUAUUAAUAACAACCGCUUUGCCUUCGAUCUUCCUGACAAUUUUGGCAACUCUCCGGUGUCGGUCAUCGUCCUCGCUAACAACAGGUUCCGUGGCUGCAUCCCGGCGAGCUUGGGCAAUAUGUCAAAUCUCAACGAGAUCAUUCUGAUGAACAAUGCGUUCCGUUCGUGCUUGCCGUCCGAGAUUGGGAGGCUGAAGAACUUGACGGUGUUCGAUGUGAGCAUUAAUCAGCUGCUAGGUCCCCUGCCAGACACCAUUGGAGGUAUGGUCAGUCUCGAGCAGCUGAAUGUAGCUUACAAUUUGCUCUCUGGGAAAAUUCCUGCCAGUAUUUGCAUGCUACCCAAUCUACAGAACUUUACGUACUCUUUUAACUUCUUCACUGGCGAGCCACCGGCGUGCUUGGCUCUGCCAGCUUUUGAUGACCGAAGGAAUUGCUUGCCGGGGAGGCCACUGCAGAGGUCAGCAGCUCAAUGUAUGUCGUUCUUGUCUCGACCAGUUGACUGUAACUCGUUUAAAUGUAAACCAUUUGGUUCUUCGCCGUCGCCCGGGGUGGCUCCUUCACCACCUUCACAAGGUUCGCCUUCGCCAUCGCCCGGGGUGGCUCCUUCACCACCUUCACAAAGUUCCCCACCGCCGUCGCCUGAAGUGGUUCCUUCACCUCCGCAAAUUUUACCUUCGCCACCCGGUGUUUCACGUUCUCCCCCUGUUUAUAGUCCGCAACAUCCGCCUCCACCGCCGUCACCAUUGUCUUCUUCACCUCCACAUUCACCGGUUUACUCUCCGCCAUCUCCUUCAAGCUCAAUUCCACCAUGGUCUUCAUCACCUCCACCUUCACCAGUUUACUCUCCACCAUCUCCUUCAAGCCCAACUCCACCAUGGUCUUCAUCACCUUCACCUUCACCAGUUUACUCUCCGCCAUCUCCUUCAAGCCCAACUCCACCAGGGUCUUCUUCACCUCCAUCUUCUCCAGUUUACUAUCCGCCAUCUCCUUCAAGCCCUAGUCCACCAUUGCCUUCGUCACCUCCUUCUUCACCAGUUCACUCUCCGCCAUCACCUUCAAGCCCAAGUCCACCAUUGUCUUCGUCACCUCCAUCUUCACCAGUUUACUCUCCGCCAUCUCCUACAAGGCCAAGUCCAGGUUAUUCAUUGCCUCCACCGCCACCACCUAGCUAUUCUCCAUCAACACCGUCACCCCCACCUCCAGUUUAUUCACUGCCUCCACCUUCCCCGCCUUCACCGUCGCCACCUGCAAAUUCACCAUCACCAACGGCUCCAACACCGCGGCUGCCUCAGCAUUCCCCUCCACCUGCUCACUCAUCUUCACCACCUAUUUAUCCCUAUCUAUCACCUCCUCCCCCGCCUUGUGUAGAACCACCUCCACUUGCAUCCCCACCACCGUGCGAAGAGCAUUCUCCACCAUCUCCUCCAACAACUUACCUUCCACCAUCAUCUCCAUUUCCUCGACCACCGCCAGAAUAUACAUCUCCACCAUCUCCCCCUGUCCAGUACAGCUCCCCCAGACCUCCUUCCCCUGUUCAUUACAGUUCACCACCACCUUCCCCUGUAUACAAAGGGCCCAUGCCGCCUGUUGUUGGAGUUCCAUACGCGUCCCCUCCCCCACCGCCCUUCUAUUGAUUCGUUUGAAAACUUGGCUCCUUUUGCAUCACCUCUACGAGCAAAAAAAAUUAGUUAGUUAUAUUGGCGGGCAUUUCUUUUCUAUUAUCAUAUUGUACCUCGUCAACUAUGCUCCCACUUUACGUGACUCUCGUCGCACGUGGAAGGAAAAAGAAAGAGAACACAAGGGUUUGUGCAGCGCCGAAUCUACCGCUAGCAUUGUUCUCAUUUGAGUUUGAUCAUUUCAUCAAUAGCUGUAAAGAACCAGAGAAGAUGUCACAGUAAAGUGAGGUAGGGGGAGAAAGUAUAUCCAUAUUGUUGAGUUAUUACGAAUAUUCCGGUUGUGAAAUGAAAAAUGGCAGAGAAAAUUUAUGUAUAGGCGUGAAUUGGGGACCUCGAAUUCAGUGUUGCUAAGACCCGAGCCAUUUUCUGCUGAAGUUGAUUGCUUGUAUCAUUACUUUUGUUUCUUUUCCUUUCCACUUUUAUAAUAUAUAAUUAAUGAAGAUUUCACUUGUAUUGA